CCACACCACACCACACCACACCACCCUCGACCCUUGACCCAACGCGGGUUUCGUCGUUUCUCAAUUCAUACCCGUCCGAUCAGCCUCUCAUUCGAUCCACGACCACAGCUGCAAUAACCCGCGGAUCGCGUCCCACCACCACCACCACCACCACCUCACCCUCACCCUCACCCUCCACCCUCAUCCCACCACCACCACCACCCUCACCCGCAAACCCCUCAAAAUGUCCUCCCACUACAACACCGAACCCGCCGCGACGGCCUCCGCAACCAUCCACACGACCCUCGGACCAAUCCACAUCUCGCUCUUCGCGACCCAAACGCCGCUCACAUGCCGCAACUUCCUCCAACACAUCCAAGACUCCUACUACACGGGGACGAUCUUCCACCGACUGGUGCCCAAUUUCAUCCUCCAAGGCGGUGACCCCACGGGCACGGGGUCAGGGGGCACCUCGAUCUACGAAACGCCCGAGUUCGAAUACGACGCGCAGGCGCGCGACCCGAGCGAGAAAGUGGUGCUGCGGGACGAGCUGCACAGCCGGCUGAAGUUCAAUCGGCGCGGGCUGGUGGGCAUGGCCAAGGCGGAGGACGGGUCGUAUGGCAGCCAGUUCUUCAUCACGCUGGGCGAUGUCAGCCGCGAGCUGAAUGGGCAGUGUACGAUGUUCGGGAGGGUCGAGGGGGAUAGUAUCUAUACGGUGUUGCGGAUUGCGGAGGGGGAGGUUGUGGAGGGCACGGAGAGGUUGGUCUAUCCGGUUAGUGUGACGGGGUGUGAGGUGGGGGAGUUGGGGCCGUUGGAAGGGAGAGUUGUGAAGAGGGCUGUUACGGCGACUGUCGCUGGGGCUGGGGCUGGGGAGAAGAGAGGGGAGAAGGAUAAGGCGAAAGAGAAGGCGAGGAAGAAGAAGAAUGCGAAGGGGGCGAAGACCUUGUUGAGUUUCGGGGAGGAUGGCGAGGAGGAGGAGGAGGGUGAGGAGAUGCCCGUCAGGGCUGCGAAGCCGAAGUAUAAUGCUGCGUUGGUGACGGAUGCGGGCGCGACUUCAAAGGCGAAGGCUGAGGCUGAGAUGCAUGGUGAAGCGAAAGCAGAAGCCAAAUCAAAGCCCAUCUCCAAACGCCCGCGCUCGCCCUCCCCCGUUCCUCCUCCGCGCAAAGACAGCAUCCAGAGCCAUCCCGACCCCGAUCCCGCAACGCAACUCCCCCUCCCGGACCCCGAAUCGCCCUCUCGCUCUCCUCCCCAGCAGACGCGCCUCUCGCGCACCAACGCCGAAAUCGAAUCCAUCAAGGCCUCCAUGCGCCGCACCGUGACCACCGACCACCACGAUAACCACAAGAAAUCCGCCCUCGAGUCCAUGAUCCCCAGCACCGCGAUCCGUGGCCGCAGACGGCCCGCCCCGGGCAGCAGCACAAAGAACGGCACGACGGGCUUCUCCAGCAGCGGGAGUAGCAGCGAAACAGCCGCGCUGAAGUUGUUCAAUGCGUUUAAAGCAAAACUUGAGAAUGCGGAUUCUCAGGCCCCGUCCACCACAACCCCCUCCACAAACACACACGCAAACACAAUCCACAAGCACGCAGACAAAGACAAAGCCAACGAGGACGAAGACGAAGAAUCCCACCUCUGCGACCUCCACUUCAUCGCAAACUGCCAAUCGUGCCAAUCGUGGGACGACACGGAUCCCACAGGAACAGACACAGCAGCAGGCACAGGCACAGGCACAGGCGCAGACGAAACAGACCACGGGUGGCUGACCCACCAGCUCCGCUUCGGGAAGGAUACACUCGGAAAAGAUCUGAAUUGGAAGAAGGAGAACCCGGACGAUGUCGAUAGUUUGAUGGUGAUUGAUCCGCGCGAGAAGGAGAGGGAGAUUACGGGCGGUGGGUCUGGGUCUGGGUCUGGGAAGAGGAGGGGGUUGGAGAGGGAGAGGGAACGCGAGAGGAAGAGAGGGAGGGUGGGCGAUUUGGAGUGGAGGAAGUGAGUAUCGAGGAUCAGCAUCAGCAUCAGCAUCAGCAUCAGCAUCAGGGAUCAAGAUCAAGAUCAGGAUUCGGAAAUCUGGGCGGUUCUGGUGAAAUGUUUGGUGGGUGGUGUGCUGGUUGGGAUGGGGAGGGAUUGUAUGUUAUAUGUUGUAUGGUUGAGAGGACAGAGGGACAGAGGGACAGAGGGAGAGAGGGAUGUAUAUAGAAUCUACCAUACCAUAUCAUAGCUUCAGAAAGGAAGGAGUAC